AUGCAGCUGCAGUGUGAUGACCAGCCCCGGCAUCGGUGCUCCCGCACUGAUGCGUGGCCACUUGAGACCAGCCACGGCCUCCCGUAUGCAGCCGACCAUGGUGAACGUUCAGACGCGGAGAGGAUGCUGACAGACGACUACGUGCGCGCACCGUCGUCCCCGUCAUUGUCGUCGAUAAGGGGAAUCCAUGGAAGCAGCAUCACCACCAGCACGGACUGCCACCUCUGCCCCUACGCCGCAUCAGCGUACCGCCUCAGUGCCAUGGCGGCCCUCUCUUCCGCAAAGUUGUCGCCGUCGUGUCAGUUGUCGAAGAGCGCGCACAAUGGCAGCAAGAUGACGCUCACACUUCGUUCAAUCCGUGUCUCGGUUGUGCGUGGAGACAGCGGCCGUCGCUGCUCAUUCCUCAUCCAGCCGACGUUUGCGUACACUUGGCACCGUCGCAACGCAUCGAACAACAGCGUUGACGGGGCGCAGGCAGGGAUCGAGCUGCAGGAGACUGUGCGGUGCCGAGUCAGCUCAUCCACUGUGACCCGAAGCAACAGCGCGGCUGUCGGGCCAGCAACCGCCACAAACAGAACCGCGUCCUCCGCCGCGGACUCGCCAAGUGCGUCGGGCGCGGCUACGACGGUCAAUCUCUUUGAAGGGUCUCCAGGCCAUCUCUGCCACAACGAGGAGGCGCCGAGCUCGACUCUAAGGUCGGGCAUCUCCGGCGGCGUCUUUGGGGACGGCUACACAUACGAAGCAACACAAAUUUCACGCUGUCGCUCUAUCCCGAUGUGCCUGACAGGGUUGGAGGAGAGCCCCAGCAGCCUGGGCAGCUGCAGCCCUGCCCUCUUCGUCGACUGCCUCAUCAAGUGCGCGCAUGAUGAAGCGGCCGUCGCCUUGGAUGACCGCCAUGGAUGGGUACACCUCUAUCACGGGCGCCAUAUCGUGACAGAGGUUGGGCGUACGCGCCUUUUGACAGACGUCUUGGCGCUUGGCUACUUUGGCGCCGCAUCUGCUAACCGAAUGCCGUCGUGCAGCGAGCCACCAUCGCUGACCAUAUGCGUGUUCCGAAAAUGCUGA